AUGGGAAACGCACAGUCUGGUGAGACACCAAACACUCUAUUCCCUGCAAACAAGGGCAAUGCUAUUGGUGUACAUGAUAAGGCGAAUAAUGGCAAUGAAUACAAUCAGACAGGUUACCAUGUGUUGCAGGUACAACCAAACUCUCCAGCAUGUGGUCGACUAGUACCCUUCUUUGACUUUAUAGUCGCUGCCAACCAGGUCAUCUUUGACAAGGAGGACUCACGCUUUGCCGAUACCUUCCGAGAGAAUGUUGGUAAAGAAGUUCAACUAAUCGUGUAUAAUAUCAAGUCUGAUACAACUAGAGAACAAGUGAUCGUUCCUAGCAACUCAUGGGGCGGAAAUGGAUUGGCUGGUAUAAGCAUUCGCUUCUGCUCUUGGGUCAAGACAUUGGAGACUGUAUGGCAUAUACUCGAUGUGUAUAUGAACUCACCGGCGCAUGAGUCGGGUCUGCAGACUCGCACCGACUAUAUAGUAGGCACUCCCGAUCUCAUACUCAAUGAACAAGAGGACUUCUUCACGUUGAUCAACAACAAUAUGUACAGACCCAUUCAACUCUACGUCUACUCGUCGCUGACGGAGCAGGUGAGACUCGUCACCAUCACGCCCAACAAGAACUGGGGUGGCUCUGGCAGUCUUGGAUGCGACAUUGGUUAUGGACUACUUCAUCGCAUACCAACCAAGCAGAGUGUCACCACCCAAAUGAUAUCUCCAUCAAUGGAUCAACUCAAGUCUAUGCUUCCCGCUUCUUCUUCUUCCUCUUCAUCACAGUCUCCACCAUCAAAUUUAAACAACAACAACAACAACAACAUCAAUAAUGAUAAUAAUAAUAAUAAUGGACUUACACCAAACAGACCGUCUGGUGGCGGUAUGGACGACGGAUUAAUAGAGACAACAGAGCCAAUCAAAUUGGAUCUUACUCAACUGGACAUUCAUGGCAAUAAUGAUCCAAGUGCACAACAAACUCAACAACAACAUAACAUUGAUCAGUCCAAGCAACAACAAGUUGCGCCAACCUCAUCAUCCACAUCCUUUCAACAUAUCUCAUUAGAAUAG